GACCCUUUAGUAUUUGCUUUUCCAACAGCUGGAAAUGUAAGAGACAUGCAUUCAAACCAGCGGCUCAAAGGUUGGAGAUGUCCUUAUCAGUCCUCACCUAAUAUUUUUGAGGCAGUGGACAAUGAGCAUCACUGGUACCUGCAGCAAAAUGCAACGGCACCUUGGAGGAAUCCAAGAUCUAGAUGGGAGGUUGCAUCGAGAGAAAGGAGAACAUCUCCCUCUAUAUCUAAUUUGACAUUAUAUAAUGACGAACCAUGGAGAUCACAAGCCGUCACACCUAGACCUGGUUUAUUCCUGAGCCGGACACGCAGUGUCCCUGAAGCACUCAAUUGCCUAAGCACCCCCACAUUACAUUCCAGUUUUUCUUCCAUCACCAUUUCCGCCCGGAGUUUGUCACCUAACAGGAGUCGACUGGCUUACUCAAGCUCAAGAAUUAGCCCUGUAAACCUGCCUGGCAGUAGCCAUCGCCCUUUAGUCAUGACCAACAGUAAAAAUAAAACCAGUGAUUGUGUCACUGUGACUCCUCCUAAACGCAAGGCAAUAGUGGUGACGGUAAAUGAAUGCACAGAACAGCAUUCCACUAAUAACAUCAUACGUUUCCAAGCUUCACCAGGCGGAUGGCCAGUGGAUCAGACAGACUCUUCGUCAUCCUCAAAGACUUCUGAUAGACUCUUCCGCUCCUGCGCCCACAUUUACGUUCACCCAUCCCAGCUGUCCAGAUCUACUCUGUACUUGGACAAAUCCCUCUCAGUCCCUCUUGGACAGUUUCAAAAAUACAGUGGGACUUUGCAUAGAUCCACUCUCUCCAUUUCCCUCGGAAGAAGAUCCUCUAAUCGGACUCUUAAAAGAUCUAGGAUAAUAAUUCAACCUAAAAGGUCCUAUAGUGACUGGGACAUAUCAGGCAUUGGCGUUGAUGGAAAAGAAAAUCUGUCCCGGCACCCGAUGGAUGCUCCCACCAGUAGUGCCUUAAGGAAUAAUACGAGUUCUAUCUCCAACACGCAGUAUUCCACUUUAACAUCAUUGACAUUCAGAACAAGGUGCCACUCAUCUUCUGCUUCCUUCAGAGUGAAUGGAAAGGCUAAUGAUGUCUUAAGGCCUCCGCAGAGCAAUCUAAGAGCCAUACAGGCAUUCAGCAAGCAUUCAGAGCCUGUUUUGAGUAAGAUGCUGGACUCCCCUGCAAUAUUCAAAACAAUUUCAUCUGCUGUCAGUGUGGAACAUCUAGGACACAGAAAUACAAUAACUGAUCCUGACUUACAGUCUCCAGAAGCAAAGACUUUGAGCAAACAAAUUUGGGGCCCAAAGGUGCAUGUAACGGUCCCCCGUCAGGUCCGAACAGUUUCCCACACUGCUGAGAAAGUCAGGAGGGGUAUUGAGUGGUCGGUCUCUCCUCAUCUGAUUAAUUGCACCUGUGCGUCCAGGCCUGACCAGUACGACACUAAACUUCGGUCACUUAGCUUAAGGGAGGCUCUUGAGCUGUUUCGUCCAGAUUUCAUCUCUCGAUCUCAGAAUCGGUUGCGACGGUUGGAACAGAGGGCCAGACAGAGGCGGAGCUUAAAUACAGCUGAAUUUUCAAUGGCCGUGGAGACGGCUAACUUUAGGCCUAACUGCACCAAGCCACACCCACUUAGUGAUAACCUUUUCAAACCCAGGGACAGAGCCAUCUCAGGCAAAGAGAUGCAAUGGAGAUCCAGACGGAUCUAUAAAAAACUACCUGAAGUGACCAAGAAGAAGGAAGAUGAGAAGAAGAGACUGAUGUCACAAACCAACAGACUGAGGGUGGAGGUCUUCAAAAAGUAACAGACGUGGCUCUGAUACUUCUGGGAUGCUCGUGGCACACAGGCGUGUUGUGUCAACAUUAAUUUUCCCGUUUUGAUGUUUAAAGACUUGAAUUCCAGAAAAGGACAGCUUUCGUAGGUAUUCAAGAUGUCUUUACUGACAGGCUGUUCCCUGGUUGUCUAAAACAAGAGCUUUUGAGUCCUAUUGUAAAAGAGAGAUAUGUUGUCUAUGUGUGUUGUUAAUAACAAACGUUUAGCAUUACAAAAGUUAACUUUACUCCUAAUAGUACUUACUGGAGUACAUUUCUUAUUCUGCAGUUGAUAUUUAAUAUCAAACAUAAAGACUCUGGAUUCAGUCUUUGUUUGUCGCCUGAAGAAUAACUUGUCUAUGUGUGGGUGUGUAACACUUUACAAUGUCAUUUUUGGACGAACUUUUUCUUCAGUAAAGACAAAAUAUAACUGCACUUCAAUGUCACAAAAAAAAUGUGCUAAAUUAAAGCUCGUAAUCAUAUGGGAACCAUUUUUAGUGAUAUAUAGCACCUAUAAAGCACCCAUGAUGUCAGUCAGUCAGUCAUAUUUAUGUAUAAAGCACGUUUAAAAACAACAGCUGUUGGGCAAAGUGCUGUACAAAAUGUAGACAUAUAACAAAAUACAAGAAAACUACAUAAAACACGGCAACAAAUACUACACAACAAUUAUGCCAAAAGACUUGAAUUCCAGAAAAGAAGAACCAUUUGGGGGUGAUAUAGCACCAAAUUUGGUUCUAAAUAGCACAAUAUGGACAUAGGUGCUAUAUAGCACUUAAAAUGGUUCCCCUAUGAUUACAAGCCAGUGAACUACUUUUAGUGCUAUUUAGCGCUGUUUGUUUUUAGAGUGAUAUCUGACUUUCGGUAUUUGGCAAAGGCUGAAACUAAAUUGAAACUAAAGGUGUGUGCUCAAUAUAUUACCAAACUAUUAUUAAUGAUCACAUUUUCUUAUUAAGCAAAACAUUAAAACUAAAACUAAAUCAUUUUCUUAUCACUAUUAGAACGUGUGUUAUGCACUCGCUGAACCCAAAACCAAAGCUUGUGUAGCCAGGGACCCAUGCAGAAAAUAAAAUGAAUGCUUCCUACCGGGAAAAAUACAUGAUAACAUGAUGUGGUUUGAGGACAGAUAGCAGGUUGUCAUUGCACUCAGGAGAGAUGGCCACCCCGGGGGACUGGCAAAGAGAUUUCUGGGUAAUCUGUAGAUGACACAUUAUAUUUACACCACUUGACCUGAGCAGACAUAUGGUCUGACAUGGAGGUUGCUUCGCUGGUUGUUCUUUAGUUUAAAGUUUCCUUUUCUUUUUUUCCACAGAAACUUUUGGAUCAGGUUCUUCAAAGGCACAGUGACUGAGAGUGUGUUCGCAAGAUUUAUAUCCCCUACUCUCUCCUUGCCUGAGGCAAAGAACUGAAGACAAGCAAGACCUUUGCAGCCCCCUUCUGAGAACAGAGCAUGGUUUUCUGAUGCAUUGUUCCAAAUAUAAAACACAUUUUACCGGACAUGAGAUGAAUCCGAGUGUUAUGCGUUUCCGUACCCUGUUGUGUCCAUCAGUGGAAAUUGAAAGUGUAAAAGACAUUUUUGAGGGAAGAUAAAUUGAUGGACUCUGUAUCUUUUUGUCUGGUGAACACUGUUAAAGGAACAGUAUGUAAGAAAUUUAUAUCAAUUAAUCAUAAAAUGGCCCUGAUAUGUCACUAGACAUUUAGAAAUCAUUUUCAUUUCAAAUACUUAUAUCACUCACAACAGUGGUCUGGCCAGGAUAUUGUCAUUUAAAAAGUGGAGUUGCAGCCCUCAACUGAUGUUUAUGUUGUCAUGUUGUGUAUUGGCCACUAGUUGGGUGAUUGCAGUACCAGUUUUAGCCACAAGUUUUGUUAUUGCAAUACCAGUUUUGGCCACAAUCCUACAUACUGUUCCUUUAAAGAUAAUGUGGAGAAUUGAUUAAAUUGGAAAAUAUGCUAUAUUAUAACUAACCUGGUUUAGAUAAUCUUGUUAGCCAUGAGAUUUAUGAACUGAACUUGAUGUGUCAGAUAUAAAUAUGCAAAAUGUAAAGUGUAAACUGAUCAGCAACAGUAUAAGUUCAUAUAUUAUAUGAAAACACAGUAAAUGCUAUCCUCAAAA